AGUACAGAUGGUUAUUUACUGCAGAGCUGUCUGCAUGAACACCAGAGAAGAACCAGAUUGCUGCGUGUCCAUCAAACAGUGAAGAGCUGCUGGAUUCAUUGUUUCCUCCAAAUGAAAGAAAAGUCAUUUUCAUGUGACAGAGCGACGAUGCAGUGGAGUCUGUUUCUGCUUCUUCUGAUGGGUCAGUGUGUCUUCAUCACAUGUCAGCUGUAUGAGUACCACUUUAUUAAAGAAGAGAUGAGCUGGGAUGCAGCACGGGCAUACUGCAGAGAGAACUACACAGACCUGGCCAAAGUGUUUGACCUGACAGACAUGAGAAGACUUCAAGACUCUGCACAGAGUCAAACAGAAGCCUGGAUUGGACUGUACAGCGAGCCAGGAAAACACAACAGGAGGUGGCACUGGUCUCUGCCGCGGGAGGAAUACACUGAAAAUAAGACCUGUUGGGGAAAUAUAGAGCCAAAUAAUUCUGAAUACCCUGAGAACUGUGUGAAGACAAAUGCGGCGUGGGCAGAUUAUCCAUGUACCCACACAUUUCAGUUCAUCUGCUAUAACAAAACAAUGAAAGACAACAAAACCUUUCAUUUGAAUCAUAAGUCUAUGACCUGGACUCAGGCUCAGAGCUACUGCAGACAGCAUCACACCGACCUGGCCAGUGGACUCAAUCAGAUAUACAGUGAAGAGUUUAAGAAGCUGCAGGACUCUACAGCUUUGUGGAUCGGCCUGUUCAGAGACAGCUGGAGGUGGUCAGAUGGGAGUAACUUCUUUUUCAGAUACUGGGACAUGGACUCAUUUAAUGAUGGACUAAACAACAGGACAUGUGCUACGACUCUGUUAGAGAGAUCAGGAAGAUGGAGCUCUGCUGGAUGUGACCAAAGAAAGCCUUUCUUCUGCUAUGAUGAUAAACUGAUUCUGAUCAGGGAAAACAAAACCUGGGAGGAAGCCUUGAAUUACUGCAGACAGAAACACCAUGACCUGGUUUCCAUCUCCAACCCUCAUGAUCAGCGAUGGGUCCAGGAAAGAGCCAAAAACGCCUCGACUCCUUUCGUGUGGCUGGGACUGCGCUACUCCUGCACUCUGGAUUUAUGGUUCUGGGUCAAUGACAACCUACUGUGCUAUGAGAGGUGGGCUUCAGGGGGAAAGACUGAAGACUUUGACAUGUCUGCAGCUAUGACCACAGGAGGGCAGCACGAGUGGGUCAGUCAGAGGAAAAAUAAGACAUUUAAUUUUAUUUGUUUAAAACACUAAAUUUUAAAAGUAAAGUCACUUCUUAGUGGGACAUGCAGAGUUUCUGGGGUGAACUCUGUGUUUCUGCUCAGUGUUUACAGUCUCUGGGUUUGAAAUGGGAGAAAAAUGACCAACAGAUUAUUACCUGCAGGUUAGAUAUUUGCAGAGAGCAGUCUGUGUUUCAUUUCCUCUCCUUUACCAGAGUCAGGAGCAUCUUGGUUUCUUCCUUCAUUGUUGCUGGAUUGGUUCAUUAUUAAACUGUAGCAGGAUAUUUGUUUUGAUUUAGAAUAGAAUAGCUUUUUAUUGUCACUGUUACAAGAACAGUGAAAGGCAGUUUGGCAUCUCUCCAUAUGUGUGGAGUACACAAUAGCGAAUGUAUUUACACAAUAAUUGUUCAGAUAUGGUGAUGGUUUUAAUGUUUCUGCUUCAUGUGCUGUAAAUCUUUGUAUCACACCAUUGUAUCCUCAGCUUGAAUUACAAAGCCUGUCACUAAAAGCAGGUAAAACCA